AUAUGCGAUAUGGAGUAAAUAAAUAAAUAUCUUAUUUCUUUAAAAACACUUUUUAGCGUCGUAUAUUGUUAUUUACUCCCAAUAUAUAAAAACAUUCCAGCAUAUAAAUCCAAAAAUGAAUGAAAUUUAUUUUUUAUAGACACCAGAGUGUUCAGUCUAAUACCAUAAUAAAAGAAAAAAAUGAUCCAAAUACCGUCUACUCCACCGCCAUCAAACAAAGAAUCCUACUCAGCUGGAACCAGCAAUACAAUUUCGUCCAAUUCCAAUGAUAUCAUUGAAACCCCAACAGAACUAAGUAGUUUACAGCAAUGUAAACAUUUAAUGCAACAACAAUAUCACCUUCCUCCACAACUGGGCGCAGUGGCGGCGCCAAAUCACAAAUGGCGGAUGGAUAUAGAUCCCAUGGACUCGGCCUCUGGUCUUACACAGUGCACAAUAAGCUACAUGGAAAUAUGUUCAACUGCUCUUUCGAUUAUAAUGAGAGCUGCGACUGUUUGUAUCAAUGUAAAAUUGGCAGUUGAUUAUCAACGUCAAGGACGACAAGACUACUUUAUAUGGACUGUAGUGUGCAUUGUUGCUCCAAUGAUUACAACAAUGCUAAUACAUGCAAAUAUGUGUUACCAAGAUGGUAAAUUUAGCAAUUGUGGGUGUGGUCAAAUCUUUCAAACUGUCUUCUUAGUCAUUGUAUCGUCGUUUUUCUUCAGAUAUUGGAAGUCAUUUGUCUACGCCAUUAAAUGCAAAAAAGCUCAAUUGGUCGGCGAUAAGCAGUCUCAAUUGAAAAAUUAUAAGCUAAAUAUACGCGAGGAGAGUGAUGUUGCAUUUAUACGACUUUUUGAGUGCUUUCUUGAGGCAGCACCACAAAAAAUUUUACUUAUUUCCAUCGUCUUAUCAUAUAGUGACAAAAUGACAAAUGCACAAGUAAUAGCGAUUGCAUCAUACUUUGGUAGUAUGGCUUGGUGUUUAUCCGUAUACCAUCGAUAUGCACGCUAUUCCCAAAGUGAUAAAUACAAUAUAAGUGCAAAUGGAGUAGUUUUACAACUUUGUUGGCAUUUUUGUAUAUCAGUUUCCCGUACCCUAUGCAUUUCGUUUGUGGCCAGCGUAUUUCCUUUGUGGACCUUAAUAGCUUGUUUUGGACAUGCAUUAGUCUUUGGUUUGGCUACUUUUAUUAUGGAUCGUCCAAAAUUCUCUCGUUCAUCUCUGUGCAAUUUCUUGUUUUGUUUAGUCUUGGGCAUUGUCUACAUCUUCACCUACAUCUCGGUUCGGGAUGCCCCAACGCGUUACAAAUAUUUAUUAUAUUACGUAUUUUGCUCCAUGGAAAAUGUCAUAUGUAUUGCAAUAUUUACAAUGAAUGCUUCAGCCGAUUUGGUAUCCGUAGCAUAUUUAUUUUAUCCGUUAUGUGCUGUGGCAUUAUCGUUCUAUUACAUUGGCAUUGUAUUUAUGUUCAUCUAUUAUUUAUAUUUUCAUCCACGUAUUACAGCAAGAAAAUCGAAACGUAUUAUAAAUAAUAAUUAAGAUAAGCUAAGUUUUACGAAAAUUGAAAAAAAAAAAAAUAUCCAAAA